UACGAGUAAACCCCCAAAGGCUCUCGGUGAACUUGAGACCCUCCGCUCCGAAGUCCCACAUCUCAAUUUUCUCACUCUCCACCAGGAGUACAAACACCCGAUACAUCGCCACCAUGAUGUCCUUCCGCACAUUCCUGCCCCUUUCGCAGCCAACCUUCGUCGAGAUGCCACAGUUGCUGGGUAUCAAGCCGACAAAGCCGGUCAACAAGUGCUCGAUCGACUUUAUCCUCUCGAGCGAUAAGGUCAGCACAACGCCAGCAUUGUUGCCCUCGUUCCCGUGGGCAUCACCACAGCGAGGAUCAUCCAGCAAGACGUUCUCUCCGAUCAUGGCACCGCCCACGGGUUCCUCCAAGAUCGCAAAGCGGCGUCCUCUCCAGAACGUCAGCGCGUCCAAUGCGAGUACAAAAGUAUCAGGAAAGGCUGGAGUUGUGCUGGUCAACGGCACCGUCGUCAAGAAGGGCAGCAAGUACUGCAUGAUCGAGGGCUGCACGAGUCGCGCAAAGCACGCACGCCGUUGUUGGCGCCACGGUGGCUCCGUCAAGUGCAAGGUCCCGGACUGCGCUAACCGCGCCAAGACCAAAGGUGUCUGCUGGUCACACGGCGGUGGCACUCUCUGUUCGUUCCGUGGUUGCACAACUAUCUCCGUCUCAAACGGUGUUUGCUGGGCCCACGGCGGUGGCAAGCGCUGCGCGAUGGAGGGCUGUGCUCGUCCCGCUUACGAGCGUACCGACCACCUCUGCACGCUGCACUUCGAGGAGAAGCAGUACAUCACACAGGUGCACAGCCACAAUACUCAGUGCCACCAGCACCACUACUAAAUUUCCAGAUACCUUCAUUUUUGAGGUAGACCAAGAUACUGCCGCCAAUUCAGAUGCUACAACGCUAGCGCAUACACAUAACUCGUGACAGAGUACUCCAGAAUCCUAAAUAAUUACCACUGAAAAAUAAAAUAAUUGCACAAAAA